AUGUGCGUCAGCCCUCGCGCAGGUACUCAGUUGGACUACUUCAUCUUUCCAAUGAUGGUUGGACGUCUCCUAAGUUCCGCUCUAGCCACGUUGAUGCCAUCUAUAGGAGCAGAUCAAGUUAUCGUUGUUGUUCUACUUGUUAAUGGACCACUUAUUGUGUUGUUUACGCUUCUUGUGAAAUCGCUUCGGAAGGCGGCCAGGCUUAAAGAGAUCAUGGAAUACUCAAGCUCUCCGGUGUUGGAAGCCAUCGGAGAAUAUGUAUCUUUAGUGGAAAGAAACGCGGAUAGUGAUUCUGCUGAGGAGGACGACAGCCAUGACAUUGCGGGUUAGAA